AUGGCUAGCCAAACUGAAGAACCAAUGCACCGGAUGAGAGAUAAGAAGAAUGAAUUUAACGACGGACGAGUAAGAGCAGUUUACACUUGGAAAGAGUCAGUGGCUGAUUGGUUCAAACACAGCUGGUAUCCUCAAUAUUCAGAUGAAAAGGUCGAAGCUCGUUUAUUAUCACAUCUACCAUUCUUUCCGGAAUCUGAUGGCAAAAGAAGAGCAUCUGUAAUUAAUACUGAUAUUGGAAAUGGAAAUUACAUUCAUGAAGUCUUUAUUGAGAAUCUUGAGCCUUCUCCAGAACCUUCUACAAAUAAUAAUAGUCUUGAGCCUUGUAAAGAAGUGGUUUCAAGACCCCAUUUCCCCCAUUUUCCAUCUGGAACAAAACAAGAAGUAUAUCAAGUAGAAGAUUGGUUUUUGGAUUCGAUUGAAGAUUGGAGAAAGAAAAGAGGAAUUAAUAGAUUUAUCUUAAUGGGCCAUUCAUUUGGUGGAUAUCUUAGCUCAGCAUACGUAUUAAAAUAUAAUCAGAAAUUGGUUGAUGUUGCAACUGGUAUUAAACAUAAUUUGGUCGAUAAAUUGAUUUUAUUAAGUCCUGUUGGUGUGGAACGAAACAAAUAUUCAUUAUUGAAGAAUCAUCUUUCAAGAACUGUAUCUCGGGUUGAACAAGAUAAAGAAAAUGCAUCUAACCCUGCAAUUGCAAUUGAACAGGAGGUAUUGGCAGAUCAAGAAGCCAUCGUCCAAGGUACUGAGGUAGAACCGGAAGAGCCAAAAACAAGAAGAAGAAAGAUCAUUGACUAUAUGUGGGAGCAUAACUAUUCCCCAUUCGCAUUGGUUAGAAAUGCAGGACCAAUUAAGUCGAAGAUGAUUUCAGGUUGGACAACCCACAGAUUUGCCCAUGUAUAUUAUCAAGACCAACAACAUUUUCAAAAUGUUCAUGAUUACAUUUACAGAGUGUUUAAUGGGAAGGGUUCAGGAGAAUACGCAUUAACUAGAAUACUUUCCAUCGGUGCAUUAGCCAAACUACCACUAUUAGAUAGAUGUCCAGAGAAAUUUGUAGAAAUGGGAGUACCCACUUUGUGGAUGUAUGGUGACAAAGAUUGGAUGAAUGAAGAAGCAGGGAUGGAAAUGACAAAUGAGAUCAAUAAUAUUUCCAUUAGUGCAUAUCAAAAGAAGAUGGCCAGCUUCAAGAUUAUCCCAAACGCUGGUCACCACUUAUAUCUUGAUAAUCCCCCUGUAUUUGCAAGUGAAAUAUUUAAGUUUCUAGGUUUUAGAAAGUAA